CUACUCGAUAAUUGAACUAUAACUUCACUUUGGACGAGACAGGUUAUACAACUGAUAAAAUCAUCACAUUGUCAGAUAAUGAGGGAGGGGAAGCCGGGAGAAAGGAAAACGGAGGAGAAAGGAAAACAGAGCUGGGCUGGGUAACAGGAAGUAAAAGGAUACAUUUGCUUAAAAAAGGAGAAAUCAGAAACCCUCGGGUCAAGAGACGUAAACUGCUGAUGUCUUUAACAUUGCCAUCUUUACAUUCUCCUGGCCGAUCUGAAAAUGUCAGACUCACAUUAUAGCAGCAGCGAGAUGAAUUACUUUAAGGAGGCAUUAGAUGAGGACAAUGUGAUUUUAACAUUGGUUCCAGUUGUAGAGGAACCUAAAAAAGAACAUCUAGUGGAACCAAGUGUUUCUUCAACCGCAGAUAUCAAACCUGCAGAUAUCAAAUCUAAGAAGCCUUGGCAAAGCAAUAAAGUUGAUUUUCCACAAGCAAACGAACAAUUCAAAGCUUCCCCAAAACCUAAGUGCAAAAAAGCAGUUUUUCCCCUGCCAACCAUUUUGCCCCCAAUUACUAAGGUGUCUCGGAACACUUUGCGGAACUGGUGCCAACAACUUAAUUUGAGUACAGAUGGCCAGAAAAUAGAAGUGUAUCUGAGGCUCCAGAGACAUGCGUAUCCUGAACAAAUACAGGAUGUUCCUGACACACCACGAGAAGCCAAAAUGCAGUCAUGUCCAAGAAAAAGUACUAAUAGAGCAAGGCUGCAGGACAGUUGUACUAGGAGCAAUGGAGAGGAAGAAACUAAUAUAGUUGAAGUGAUAACUUCAGCUCAGGAAGCCACAUUGGCAUCUUGGGCAAGAAUUGCUGCAAGAGUCAGUCAGCCCAAGGCUGUGAAUUCGUCUUCCAUUCCUACUUCAGUUGAAGCCUUUUUGCAGGAAGCCUCUGGUGUCAGGUGGUGUGUAGUUCACGGCAGACUUCUCCCUGCAGAUGUACCGGGCUGGGUUCGCCUGCAGUUCCGUGCAGGCCACACCUGGGUACCUGAUACUCCCAAGAGGAUGAUUUCUCUCUUCCUGUUACCAGCCUGUACUUUUCCAUCCCCAGGACUAGAAGACAACAUGUUAUGCCCUGAAUGUACUAAGAGGAAUAAGAAGAUGAUGAGAAGAUUAAUGUCAGUGGGGGAGAAAAAACACCACACUGUAAGAAAACAGAAUAUGCCACCCCAAAAUAUGCCACCUUAAACUGUGUUCGUGUUGUUUUUAUCUGAGAGUAAUUGAGAAGAAGCAGAUACAAGGAGAAUUCUUUGCCUUCCCGCUAUUUAACAAAAAAGCCACUUUUUCACUAAAAAGUGGUACCUAAGUUUAUGAAAGUCCCACCUCCCCCUCUCUACCAGGAAGGCCAUAUGGUGGAGUCCACAACAGAUUGGCUUGCGUCUGAAUAAUUCUGACCGUCUUCAGUGUCUCCUCAUACCUCAAGUACAGACUUACUAAGUAUUUUGUUAUGUAGAAUGUGAUUUUGUUUUGUUUUAGAAUGCUUGCUAUAUUUGAACAGUUUCAGGGGAAAAUACAGAGUUCCCAGAUAUUUGCCCCACUCCCCAGCCCCACCACGCAUGAUUUUCUCAACAUCUUGCAUUCGUGUGAUACAUUUGUUACAAUUUAUGAGUCAAUUUGGGCACGUUGAUUAAAGUCCAUACUUUUGCAUUAGAUUUCAUUCUUUGUUUUGGACCUUCUAUGGUUUUGACAAAUGUUUAAUAACAUGUCCAAUACAAGAGUACUUCAAAAAGUCCAUGGAAAAAUAAAGUUAAAUGAUAAGUUAGACCCACAGGUUAAGGUCACUUAGUCCCAUAUUGGAGUGUACAUGGAAUGAUCAGCUCCUUCUUCUGACUCCAGCGUUUUGCUAAUAUCGAUAUUAGGAGGCAAUGGUGGUGGCUCAAGUUACUGAGUUCCUACCACCUGUUUGGCAGGAGACCUGAAUUGUGUUCCUGGCUUCAGCCCCAGCUCAGUCCCAGCUGUUGCUGGCAUUUGUGGAGUAAACCAGUGGAUGGGAGCUACUCUCUCUGUCCCUGUGCCUCUCACAUUUUCCGAAGAAAAAUACGUUUAUUGUGGUGCAAAAACAUUGAAGUCCAUGCAUAGUUUGUUUUGUAAUACAUAUUUUCUUGAAACUUUAAAGACCCCCACUUAUAAUACAGAAUAGUUUCACUGCUCUAAAAGUCUCUUAUGCUCCACCUAGUUGUCCUUUGUUUCCCAUUACCUCCUAUAAACCAUAGAUUAUUUUUUUUCACUAUUUCAUGGCUUUGCCUUUUCCAGAAUGUCAUAUACUUGAAAUCUGCAGCAUGUAGCUCUUCGGAUUGGCUUUGACAUAGCAAUAUGCUUUGUUUUUCUGAUGUACUUGAUAGUUCAUUUCUUUUUAGUGCUAAGUAACAUUCCACUGUUGGAUGUACUAAAGUUUAUUCACUCAUCUGCUGGAGGACACCUUGCUUCCAAGUUUUGGCAAUCAUGAAUAAAGCUGUUGUAAACAUUCAUGUACGUAUUUUGGCAGGGCACAUAAGAUUCGAACUCAUUUGGGUAAAUACCAAGAAGCAUGAUUGCUGGAUCACAUGGUACAUGUAUGCCUUGGUAAGAAAAUGCCUUCUAAAGUGGUUGUAGCAUUUUGCAAUUCCAACUGCAAUGAAUGAGGGUUCUUGCUGCUUUGCACCCUUUCCAGCAUUUGGUGUCAUUAAUUUUGGAUUUUGCCCAUUCUAAUAGGUAUGUAGUAUGGUCUCUUAUCUCUACCUUUAAUUUAGAUUCCCUCAUGACACACAUUUAAAUUUAAAUGCUUUCAUAUGCAUACUUACCAUCUACCUGUGUGUCUUUAGGAUGUUUUUUUGAUCUGCACAUUCUUUAGUAGAGUUUUUUAAACUGAAUUUUAAGGGGGCCUUCUAUAUUUUAGAUUAUAGUCUUUAUCAAAUUUUUAGCCUGUUUUUUUUUUUCUUUCAAAUGUUGCUCCUCGCUUCUGGUUUGUAUUGUUUCUAAACUUUAAUAUAAUUUUUCUUUGUUCCUUCAUUCUUUUUCCCAGCUUCGAUUUUAUCUUUAUCUUUGAUUUUUUGAAGUUUGAGCAUAAGCCUAGGCAUAGAUUUUUUUGUUUCUUAUCCUGUUCCCUGUGUCUGAGAUUUCUGGAUCUAUCAUUUUGUAUGUGUCAUUAGUUUGGAUAUAACCUUAAUCAUUACUGCUUCAAAUAUUUUCUUUUGCUCCUUUCUCUUCAAAUAUAUUCUUUUGUUCCUUCUGGUAGUCUCAUUAAAUAUGAGAACUUUUUGUAAUUGUCUAACAAUAUUUGCAUAUUCAGUUCUAUCACUUUUUUUAAAUUUUACUUUUGCUUUUCAGUUUUGAGGUUUCUCUGGAAAUCUUCAAGCUCAUUGAAUCUGUUCUUGUCUAAUCUACUGAUGAGUCUGAGAAAGGCAUUCUUCCUUUUGAGUUUCUUUAAAAUGUAUAUUGUUAUUUUAACAGUGAUCAGUGAAUGAGCAAAACUUUAAUUCUAUUUAUUUGUUUGAAAGGCAGAUUGACACAUGCAGAAAGAGACAGAGAUAGAUAGAUGAGAUUUUUCCAUCAGCUGGUUCACUCUCUCAAAUGCUUGCAACAGAUGGGGAAAGGUCAGGACAAAACAAGGAGCGAGGAAAUCCCUCUGAGUUUCCCAUAUGAGUGGCAGGAACCCAAGUACUUGAGUCACCACUUGCUGCAUCCUAGGAGGCGCAUUAGCACAAAGAUGUAUUAAAAGUGGAGCUAGAACUUGAUCUAGGCACUCUGCUUUGAGAUUGAGGCAUCUCAAGUAGAAGCUUACCUACUACACCACCACAACGUGAGCUUCUGUUUUUGAGUUUUCAUUUACUUGUGUUACUGGUCCCUUCUUGCAUGUUGUCUACUUUUCCCAUCAGAGCCCCUGGCACAUGAAUCAAAAUUGUCUUAAAUUCCCAGUGUAGAGGCUGGCACUGUGGCAUAGUGGGUAAAGCCUCCUCCUGCAGUGCCGGCAUCCCAUAUGGGCACCAGUUCUAGUCCCUGUUACUCUACUUCCAAUCUAGCUCUCUGCUUGACCUGGGAAAGUACAGGAAGAUGGCUGAGGUCUUUGGGCCCCUGCACCUGCAUGGGAGACCUGGAAGAAGCUCCUGGCUCCUGGCUUUGGAUGGGCUCAGCUCCAGCCACUGUGGCCAUUUGGGGAGUGAACUAGCAGAUGAAAGACCUCUCUCUUAUUCUGCCUCUCUGUGGCUCUGCCUUUCAAAAAAUAAAUAGUAACUAUUUUUAAAAAACAUUCCCAGUUAAGAAUUAAAAAAUUUUUUUUUUUUAGAUUUUUAGACAGAGUUACAGAGAGAAGUAGAGACAGAAAAAGAGAGGGGUUGGCCGGCGCCGCGGCUCACUAGGCUAAUCCUCCGCCUUGCAGCACCGGCACACCGGGUUCUAGUCCUGGUUGCCCCUCUUCCAGGCCAGCUCUCUGCUGUGGCCCAGGAGUGCAGUGGAGGAUGGCCCAAGUCCUUGGGCCCUGCACCCCAUGGGAGACCAGGAUAACCUGGUUCCUGCCAUCGGAUCAGCGCGGUGCGCUGGCUACAGCGCGCUGGCCACGGCGGCCACUGGAGGGUGAACCAACGGCAAAGGAAGACCUUUCUCUCUGUCUCUCUCUCACUGUCCACUCUGCCUGUCAAAAAAAUAAAAUAAAAAUAAAUUACACUUUAAAAAAAAAAAGAAAAAGAGAGGGGUCUUCCACCCACUGGUUCACUCUUCAAAUGGCUACAGUGGCCAGAGCUGAGCUGACCCUAAGCCAGGAGCCAGGAGAUUCUUCUGGGUCUCCCACUUAUGUGCAGGGGCCCAAGGACUUGGGCCAUCUUACAGUCCUUUCCUAGGCACAUUAGCAGGGAACUGGAUGGGAAGUGGAGCAGCAGGACUCGAACUGGGCACCCAUAUGGGAUGCUGGCACUGCAGGCUGGGGCUUUAACCUGCUGUGGCACAGUGCCAGCCCCCCUCCCACCUCCAAUUUGGUAAUUCUAACAUCUCCCUUGUAGCUCAGUCUAUAUCUGAUGUUUACUCUGUUGUCUCAAACCAUGCUUUUUGUCUUUUGAUGUAUAUAUAUUUUUGUUUCUUUUUGUUUUGUUUAAACCAGACAUAAUGUACUCAGUAAAAGGAAACCAGGUACUAGUGCAAGUGGAGAUUUUUCUCCUCUUAAGCGUCCUGUGUACUUAAAAUAUUCAAAAGCUACUUAAUGACCACAGACCAAAAUAUUUCUCGUUAAACUGAGACACCCAUGUCCACUCAUAUUGUUUGUACAUAUUUUUGUAAUAAAAUUAAUAAAAGUAAAUUUGCUGUU